AUGGCUGCGCCCAUGAGCGGAUCACGUUCCCUGAGAACAUACUUGAUCCAAUUCGCUAAUCAGCACACUGAUUUUAGGAUUGCGGAGUUCAAGGCCUUGAUUGACUUGUUCCAUGCUGAUAUCCAAUGGCAAGAAAAAGAUAUUCAUGUUAAUAACCCUUAUUUAUUAGUGAAGAUGUACUCUGAGGAGAGUGUGAGAAAAAUUGGAAGUCGGUCUGUUUUGAUAAAGAACAUAAUUGAACUGUGGGGACAUGGCACCACUUAUAUAGAACUGAACAAAAGUCUGAGAGACACCAGCAGAAAUGUCAUGGCACCACAUUUCGUGAAAGAAAAAUCCUUCAAGUUGGAGCUAGAUGCUUUUAACAAGAAACUCAGUCAUCUUUAUAAAUUGGAAAAGUUUAAAAAUUUGCCUGAUGAUGUGCUAGAUUUUCAAGGUGAAGUAAAUUUAAAAAAUCCAGAUGGGACAUUUUAUCUUUUGGAGGAUUAUGGACCAUAUGGCAGCCAGCCUCCAGACCAUCCACAUCACAUCUAUUUUGGAAGGCAGGAACUGUGUUCAAUUGACGCAAAUGUCAAAACCUGCGAUGAUAGUUUGACCAAUUGGGAUAACCCAGCCUCCUCAAUACUGGCAUGCAUUCGAGAGGAGGACACAGAUUGUGAAUCAGAGGAGACAGAUGAUAUCGAAAGUGAAUGUGACAAGAGUGAAGUUGAACCAGUUAUUUAUAUUUUGUUUACAGCUAACACCAGUAUGGAUGCUGGUCUAUCUCUUCUAAUGGCAAAUAUUGGCAAGGUGAGAAAGAAUCAUCUGAUCAUGGACCCAUUUGUGGGGACAGGCAGUCUACUAGUGGCAUGUGCUCAUAACGGGGCCUAUGUGAUGGGUACUGACAUUAACUACCUUCUCCUUCAUGCUAAAGGUAAGCCUUCACGAGCAAAGCAGAAGAAACGAGAAUCAGAUGAAAGCAUUCAAGCAAACCUCUGCCAAUAUGGUCUGGGAGACUUCUAUAUUGAUGCAGUUGUAGGAGAUGCAUCCAAACACAGGAUGUGGCGUCAGCAGUCAAUGUUUGAUGCUAUAAUUACUGAUCCUCCUUAUGGUAUCAGAGAAAAAACAAAGAAAGUGGGAACAGUGGAAGAGGAUGUGGAAUUGACAGAGGACCAAAAAAUAGGACAUGUUCCACAAAAGAUAGAUUAUCAUCUUGGACAAAUCUUUAAAGAUCUGCUCAACUUUGCGGCGAAGUUUCUACACUUGGGUGGGCGUCUGGUGUACUGGUUUCCUAUUGACAGACGUGGUUACAAGGAAGAAAACAUCCCAACUCAUCCCUGUCUUCAUUGUGUAGCAAACUGUGAGCAAGUACUCAACUGCCGGAUUGCCAGACGUCUCAUCACUAUGGAGAAAGUACAUCAAUUUGAGGAAAUACACCAAUCUGACAGUGCCCAUGUAGAAGUUGAUCAUUAUGAGGAAGUUUCAUUCCGUCAGAUGUAUUUUCACACUAGAAAAUCCAAGGGACAUAACUCUAAUGAACAAAUGAAAAUUGGAAAUCUUGGUAAACAAGAAAAUAAUCUCCCAGACAAAAUGGCAGCCUCUUCUCUAGCAGAAAAUGGAUGAUAUAUAAAUUAUACGCGACAACUUUCUCUAAAAUAAAGCAUCUGCUGUUCUGGCCAGGAGAAGGAAACAGUUCAAUUGGAACAAUUAGUUUUCUGACUUGCGAGAAGUGUGCAAUUUGAAUGAAAAGCCAGAAGAUUUCUUUCCAUUCCUGUAUAUAUGUGCAGGUGUGGACCACUUUGAAUGGAUUUCCACUUUAGCAGCUCACCUGGCCCAAACAGCCAGUCAUUAGGCAUACCACAGUAUCAGUUACGCAUUUGUCAUGUCAACUUUUUAUAUAUCAUUACAUGUCACAAUCGACUGAUUGGAUGUGAAUCAAAUUUUGGUCUGGAGCAUCCUUAGGGGAAGUGGAAACAAUUUUGUAUAAAUGAUGGGAUAGGGCCCAAUGGGGAAAAUUUAUUGAUUUCAUGCCAAUUUUUUUUUUAAUGAAAGUGUUGUUCCUGUCUUGUCAGGGACUUGAUGUGAUUUGUUUUCUUUCAUCAAUACACAUACUGUAAC